AUGUCCUGGCAAAUGUUGACAGUCCCUAACCAUCAGAAAAUCGUUCAAUUAUUGGAUUAUGAGUCGAGAUGCAACAUCCGACAAUGCUCCAAAGACGACCGAGAUGUAGUGGAUUCGACGAAAUUACGAUUCGAAAAAUUUAGAAUUUCCGAAAAACUGAGUAAAUGGGUUCAAGAAAAAACCACAAUUCGUGUGGAAAUCGAUUCAUUUACAAUUUGGUUGACUGGAAAAGAGGAUUUAACGAAAAUCGAUCGAGGAUGGAAAGGAGAACCAAUUGAGGAAUUGAGCGAAAUUAAACAUGAAAAUCGAUUUGAAAUUUUACAAAAAUUAUUGCCCAGAUUUUCAAGAAAUGGUGUCAUUGAAGCGGAUACUGUGGAGAUUGAUGAAAUCAAUUUCGCUCCUCCAGAAUCCAGCAAAUUCAAAUGUUCCAAUCUGAAAUUGCACAGUAUUUCGAAUCCGUUUGCCGUGGAAUGGCUCAAAAAAACGACAGAAGUUUCUGGAAGUCUCAAAAAACUGGAUGUCCGAUGCUGGGGUCAAGAUGAGCAAUUGUGGCCGGAAAUUGCUGGAAUCAAUGUUUCCGAAUCACUUUUAUCAGAGUUGAAUACGAAUUGUAACGAUGAGCAAUUGGAAAAUUUGAAAGCGAUGAAUUUGAAAAUUACUGCUUCAGCGGUUACGGUAGAUGGAGCGAUGAGGAAGUUGGAGAAAUUCCUGAAAUACGGCAAAAAAUCGGACCGACUGGAAUUGAGUAUUGAGCCGCCGAGAGAAUUUCAAUUGGCGGGUCUAUCAAUUCCAAGAUAUUUAGAAAUCAAAAUGUUGAAAAAACCCGAUGAGAUAUCAUUUGUAGCAAAAAUUCUUGGCGGUUUCGAAAAUGUUCAUGGGAUUCUGGACCCUCGAAAAAUCGAAAUUCAAUUAAAUUGGGGAUUUUUUCAAAUAAUAUGUUUUGUGUAUGAGGGAGAAGAGAAGCCGCAGCCAUGUCGUUUGUAUCCGUUUUGA